GAGCAUAGCAUCAUUCGCUCACAAGCAUUCAAAGUAAAAACAUCUUCAAAUUUCAACAUUUUUCGUUUUGGAUUUAAAAACCCAGCAACACCACCAUGAACGCCAACAUGAUGCAGCUCAGCAAGAACGCCAACAACUCGUACUACAACAACACCAACCAAUCCUAUACCAUUUACAAAUCCAAAGUUUCACCCUCACGCCGUUUGAAGAAUAUGCUGAAGCCCGUCUUGGGUCGCAUUUUCAAAUCCAAGGCCACCAAGCCGAAACGCAGCUCCUACAUUGCCUCCGAGGAAAAGGAGUGCGAGUUCGACUGGCUCAACAAUGACAUGGACAACAUGGCCAAUGAACAUUUGGAACAUCGUCUCAUGGAGGAGUUGCAGCACAGCGAGAGCGGUGAGGCCAUUGUGGUCAUCAAUGAGGAUGGUAGCCGCCAACUGCAGUUCGUUGACAAGGAUAAUCUCUAUGUGCCGGUGCAUUUUGCCCGCACCAAUGCCGGUACCUUUUUCUGGACCUCGGUGCAAAAGCAAAACAUUGAACCCUAUCACAUUGAGUGGAAUUUCUUGGAUCGUUGGGCCCAGGCCUAGGCGGCAGCAGCCAGCAAUAUCAAGUCUCCUGAUUAUCAUCAAUGGAAUCUAUUUGGAAAAAUAGAUUUUCUGGAAUUGGAAAUUUAACAGAAAACCACAACCAUAGCAGCUUCAUUAGCUUUUCACCUCGAAAAGGAUUUCGAAAGAGGGG